CUUGGUCUUGCAUCUCUCAAGCAGACGAACAACUUUAUAUAGAACAACACUUGAUCCCGUGAUCAGAUGUCAGGCUAUACGAAGUUGGCAACUUUCAUGGUUGAGAAACACCAUCCUAUUUUGAAGAAGUAUCAAAGCCUCGCCGUUCGGGAUCUCUUGUAUUUGCAAGCUGAGCUCUCCGAGUUGGAGUUCAGACAUAAUUCCAUCGUUAAGAAAGAUGCUCUCGAGGAAGACGAACGACAGUAUUACGACCGGGACUGGAUCCAUCUAAAGACCUCUCUCGAAAGAGGCUUUGGUGGCGAGCAAUGGGAGCUUGCCCUCGCCAUCAGGCAGAAGUUGCGAGAGUACUAUGCAGCUGUAUCGCAAUACUCCCAGAUAGCCUCUCUUCGGCAGCCAAAGCCUUCUGAGCGCUCCGUGCUUCAUGAAUGGAUUACGAGCACGCGCGGCGGUGCUUGUGGUUUCCUCGGCCGCGAUCUUGGAGGGUUUCAGCCGCAGCAGCCGUCCGUCUAUGAAGCCAUUCACGAGAAGGAUCUUGCUAUCCUUUCAGAUCGCCGUGGCGAAGAGGAUUUGUUUACAGAAUUCAUCGAAGGUCCUGUGAUGAGAUUAUACCAUCGGUUUCGCCAGCACUCAAAAGCACCUGUUUCGCGUGAUCUGGAAAAUCCAGCUGUGGCUGAGAAUCGAAGUAACUGGCAUCACUACGACGAUAGUAAAAUAGAAAGAGUUACUAAGGUACUGGGAACAAUAUUUUCCUCGUUAGCACCGUUAGUAUCCAUUAUCGUGUUAUCUUUCAUCAACAAUUUGAAGAUAAGGCUUGGUCUCGUUUGUGUAUUUACAUUCUUGUUUUCUGGUUGUCUGGCUAUUGCUACGCAGGCACGGCGGGUAGAAGUCUUUGCUGCAACAGCUGCUUUCGCAAGCGUUCAGGUUGUUUUCAUUGGAAGUUCUAAUUCUAUUAUAUAAGGAUGGAUUCCUCAAGAAAUUAUAAAACAUUAAGACAACUUCCCAAACAUAUAUUAGC